UGCAGUCCUCUGGCUGGGAACAGUGGAAGAAAUCUUCCAGGGACCCCCUAUGCCUCUGAAGGAGUAGUUGAGAUUUUCCAACAGGAUUCUGUAAUUCUUCCCUUUUCCCAAUGGCAUCAUUAAUUGCCAAAGACUCCUACCUGCAGAAUCUGGCCAAGAAAAUCUGUUCUCAGCAGACUGUGGAGCCACAGAAACGAAAAUGGGCUCCCAAAUCUGGUCAUCUCGAAACCACUGGACCCCCGAAGAAGAAGAAGAAGAAGAAGAAGGAGCAGAAAAAUAAAUCUCAGAAGCAGGAUGAAAAAGCCAAGGGGAUCCAGAAUAAGCCCACUGACAGCAGACAAUCCAAAACUCCUGGGGCCAAAAUACCUGCAGUCACAGAGAUGAAGGCACUUUCCAGCACCACUGAAGAUUCCACAGUUGUUCCUGCCAGCAAGCCAGGCUCCUUCCUAGCCAUGGACAUUCUCCGUCAGCGGCUACAUGAAAAAAUACAGGAAGCCAGUGGCCAGGGCCACACCAAAUUGCUGUCUCCUGCAGCACUGGAGAAGAGGCAGCGGAGGAAGCAGGAACGAGAGAGGAAGAAGCGGAAACGCAAGGAGCUCAGGGCCAAGGAGAAGGCAGCCAAGGCCGAAACCAAAACUGAAGCCACAGAAGCUACACCAGAGCUCCCAAAGCAGGAUCCAAAGGGCCUGACUGAGCUGGUGUUCAACAAGUUGGAGGUAAAUGAGGGGCCAGUCAGCAAGGCCCAAAAGAAGAAGGAGAAGCGGCAGCGAGUGAAGGGGAACCUGACCCCCCUAACAGGGAAGAACUACAAACAGUUGUUGGAGCGUGUACAGGCCCGGAAGAGUAAGUUGGAGGAGCUGAAGGAACAGGAUGAGGAGAAGGCACGGGAGAUGGAGACCAAAAUGAAGUGGACAAACCUGCUGUACAAGGCCGAAGGUGUGAAAAUCCGUGACGAUGAGGAGCUUCUGAAGGCAGCCUUGAAGCGCAAGGAGAAGCGCCGGGCCCAGAGGAAGCGGCAGUGGGAGAAGCGCACGGCCCAUGUGGUGGAGAAGAUGCAGCAGCGACAGGACAAGCGGCGCCGGAACCUACGCAAGAAGAAGGUGGCUAAGAUAGAGCGUCGCAAGGCCAAGGCUCGCAAGAAGGGCCGCAUCCUGCCCGAGGACCUAGAGAAGGCUGGGCUCCACUGAGGAUUGGGGAGACCCUUCACAGCUCCAGGAGAUCUGCCUUCCCUGACCUGCAUUUCCUCUGGAUUCCCUCCUGUGACUGCUCUCUUCAGCAGAGUCACAUUUGUUAAGUGCCUACUGUGUGUGAGGCACCAUGCCAGGAACUGGAGAUUCAAAGGCAAAAACUAAAAACUGUCCCUGAGUUCCCCAACUCAUUCAAGUCCUACCUCCUCCAUAAAUCCUUUGGUUUAGUGCUAUUCUUCUAACUUCUGUGUCGGGGGGUUGCUUCUAGUAUCUACUCUUCCUUCUCCAGUAACCCUCAGUCCAUCUCUAGGCCCCUAAGCUGGGCGACACAAAACCGGACAUCUCUCCCAGCAGGACAAAGUCCCUGAAUGCUGUAAUAUGGGUCAGGUUCUUCAAUCCAAUAGGAAGUUCACAUAGAAAGUCCAGGGGAUUGGACUAAAAGGUAGCUCAUAGCUUUCUUAAUCUUCUUGGACCUCAAAAAAUCCAAUAGAAUAGUCUCUUUACCCAGGUUUUUUAAUGUUUUUUAAAAAAAAUUUUUUUAAUUGUUGUAAACUGGAUUAGCAACAGAAAACAUGAAUAUUUUCCAUGUUAAAAAAGUAAGAAUAGGUAAAUAGGAUUAUAUAUGAAACCAUGAAUCUCUAUUAUACUUGGAAUUGUAAUGGUUGUCUUAAAGCAAAUGGUGGAUACAUGGUUCAGGACUAAUUUAAGAAAUAGGGAAACUUCUCCAGUGGUUCCUUCUAGGAGACAUGUUGAAUUGAAGAGUCCCAUUGGAAAGCCAAAUGGAGAAGUUAGAUCCUUCACCCAAUUUUCCCUUUCCCAAUUACCACAGGAAUUGCUGGAUCAACCUCCUUGGAUCUCAUGUAGGAAGGAAAGAAUUGUGUUUGGGAGUUUUAGAAUAAAUAAAUUCAUUUGAGUCUUUUUCUUUAACUUUUUUUGUACCUUUACCUGUGAAGGUCAGCAACUUUAGACAAGGUAAAGUUACCUGAGAUAGUAAGAGAUUGGGACUUUUCUUCCUCUUCAUUACUUGGGUGCUGCUUUUCACUGGCUGCUAUAAGGAUUAUUUUCCAAAAGAGAAGUUUAAAAAAAUUUUUUAAUGUUUAUUUUUAAAUUGUUUUACAUUUUGAGUUCUAAAUUCUCUCCCUUCCAUCAUCCCCCUACACAUCAAGAAGGCAAACAGUAUGAUACUUAUACAUAUGAAAUCAUGUUUCUAAUAAAAGAAAAAAAAAGCACAAAAAAAAAACCUGAACAAAAGCAUGCUUCUUUCUCUGCUCUCAAGUUCAUCAGUUUUCUCUCAGGAGGUAGGUAGCAUUUUUCAUCACGAGACCUUUGGAAUUGUUUUGGAUCCUUAUAUUGAUCAGAGUGGCUAAAUCUUUUAGAA